UCACGUGACAUCCCUCGUUCCCGGUCGAGCACUCUCAAGAUGGCGGCGGCAGCAGCUGCUGUCCGGAGCCGGCGCUUUAAGUGGUCGUUGGAGCUGGCAGCGGCGCCGGGGGGGCGGCCCCGCGGAGCCGCAGAGGGCCGUGGGCCGCUGGGGUUCGCCGAGCGGCAGCUAGGGGAAGGAGGCGUCCACGAGAGCGACAAAAUCCUCAUGGAGAAGCGCUGCUGGGAUGUGGCACUGGCACCGCUAAAGCAGAUCCCAAUGAACCUGUUCAUCAUGUAUAUGGCCGGUAACACCAUCUCCAUCUUUCCUGCCAUGAUGGUUUGUAUGAUGGGCUGGCGCCCACUGCAGGCCCUCAUGUCCCUCUCUGCCACACUGAAGGCACUGGAGAGCUCAAGCCGGCGGGCACUGCAGGGUCUGGUGUUCCUGGUGGGCAAUGGGCUGGGACUGGCACUGGCUCUCUACAAGUGCCAAGCCAUGGGUUUGCUGCCUACCCGCCCCUCCGACUGGCUGGCCUUCGUUGCCCCUCCACAGCGAAUGGAGUUUACUGGUGGGGGCCUCAUCCUGUGACCCAAUGCACCCACCCACCAAUAAAGGUGAUGGCAGGCUGGUAA